AUGCUGCCCCACGACCUGCCGCCGUGGCGCAUUGUCUUCCACUACUUCCGGACCUGGCGUCGUGAUGGCACCUGGCAACGGGUACAUGGCGUCCUGCACGCCGAGCUGCGCCAGGCUCAGGGUCGCCAGGCCAGUCCCAGCGCGGCCAUCAUCGACACCAUCUACGGCGAGGAAAUUGCCAUCAGGGUCACCAUCGCCACCGAUCCUGAUUGCUGGGUGCCUACCGACGAAGAGUUCGCUCGAGCCCGCCCUGCCAGCGAGGCGGUCCCCGAAAUUGUUGCGGCCUACCAUGCUGCCAAGACUGAAGAACCAAAUCGGGUCAACAUCGAGAUUGCUCUCGAUGCCGAUGUUCUGCAAUAUUUCAGGGAUUCUGGUCCUGGUUGGCAGGCCCGUAUCAACGACAUCCUGCGCCGUACAAUGAACAAUCCUAUCGCCAUUACGGGAGACCACGACACCUGA